AUGAGCACUCGUAAGAGGCUGGGUGGAAGGCAGGCGUCUCUAGAUCCCAGGAGUCUGGAGGUGGUGGCUGCAGCUGCUGCUGCAAAUGCAGACGUGGGAGCAGCUGCUGUGGCAGCAGCUAGCCCUGCUAAGUCUCUUAAGAAAGCACCUGAGGGGAUGAGCACGCGAAAGAGGCUGGGCGGAAGGCAGGCGUCUCUAGAUCCCAGAAGCUUACAGGUAGGAAAGCAGAGGGUGGUGAUGAUGAUGGGAGGGGAGAGGAGUGGGGAAGAGGGAGGGGGAGAUGGGAAGGAGAAAGGGAGAGGACUGGAGGAGGGAGGAAGAGGAGGAGAUGGGAGGGGAAAAGGAGGACAAGGAGCAGAGGCAACAGAAGCAGCAGCAGCAGCAGCAGCAGCAGCAGCAGCAGCAGCAGCAGCAGCAGCAGCAGCAGCAGCAGCAGCAGCAGCAGCAGCAGCAGCAGCAGCAGCAGCAGCAGCAGUGAAGGGGAAGCAGAAGAACGAGAAGCAGAGGCAGCAGCAAUUAGGGCGGCACCGUUCCCUUGAUCUAUGGGCCUUCAGCCGUGCCUUAGAGGAUAGCAGGGAGGCCACAAACGAGGAUAGAAGGGAGGUUCUAAACGAGGGAAUCAGGGAGGCUACGAACGAGGCUAGCCAGGAGGUUACAAUAGAGGGUAGCAGGGAGGCUACAAAUGAGGAUAUCAUAGAUGGUGCUGAAGCUGUAAGGAGGGAGGAGACAUGGAGGAAAGGCAUUUUUCAACUACCUUCAGAUAGUGAUUUCUCUGGGCCUGGAACUCCUGUGCCCACCGCUGUUUCUGGGUCUGCUGGUGCUGCUGUUGGCACUGCUGCCUCCCCCACUCGGACUGGCGUUGACUCGUUUGACUUUCUUGGGAAGCCGGAGGUGAAAUCGAAAAUUUCUCUGCUCAAGGAGAAGAAGAAGAAAGAAGUUGGGUUUGAAAUUCCGCGAAUGGAGGAGAAUGCGGGGCGAGGGCACGCUCACCCUCCCUUCACAAGCAAAGGUCGCUAG